UUACAAACAGUUGAUGUUAUACAACUUUUGAAGAUGGAGCUAUUAUAUCCAUAUUGCGCAUACAGAAGAAUGGCUUUGAUUAUGUGGGCUUAAGGCUUAUGGUUCAUUAGAUGGCUGAACUGUUUUCCCCAGCUAUACGAAAUAAUUACGGAUAACAAGCGCAUGCAGAUGUGAUUUAUCUCAAGGCGAAAACGUGCCUUGCCGCCUUUUGCCUGUGGAUGGCUCAGGUUUUCAUAUUCAUUAAGUGUACGUGCCUUGCAUCUUGACUUUACUACUAUUCGUAUUACUUCUUAGCGUUUAAAAUAACUUCGCUGCACUUUAAAAAACAGACUUUAAAACCUGAUAAAUACACAGCCACCACACGCAAAGAUGUAAAAGAAUGGCACGAGCAUGUAUCACGAGAUACGGCAACCGAAAGCUGAAUAACGGAGAAGGUUUAGCGCUGUCUUACAGUUUAUCCUGGAAGCCACAAUUGGGUAAUGCUAACUUCUUCCAUAUUUCCGACGCGAAGGCUGUCAGUACUGUGUCACAGGCUUGCUCUUCGGUCAGCUUCUCUCGGCUGCUCCGAAGUGUGCAAGACGCAGAUUCUGGCUGCGUUCCGUUUGGAAACAUCCGCGAGAGCCGCCGCUUUCAUGUCGCUCUGUCCGUGCAAAUGUUCAGGAAAAUUAAGUCGACGGUUAUAAUUUUGUAUAGGUCAAAUGGGCACGUGCAGUCUGUCAAGAUAACUCGAAACGGAAGCUUUUGAAAGUGAAAUGACUUUAAACAAACCGAAGAACAGAGGAUGUCAGUCAGACCACAGAGACUGGGGCAUAAUUUACCAACUUUACAUUAAUAUAAAAAUAUAUUCAUAUUGGGUCCGAUAAACUAUUUUUGAAAAUAUGCACUGUUUGGACUGAGAAGCAUCAGAUUACCAGCUUUUUCAUAUUGGAAAAACGUUUCAUAACGCGUCCUCUUUAUGAAACAGAGUAAUUUUGUGGGUGCGAAUAACAUGUCGACUGACAACGCUACACUUCCCUUCUUCAACUCGUCAAGAAACCCAGCCGCGGAGCGCUCGGAUCCCUACAGCACGGUCCUCAUGCCCAGCAUCUACGGGAUCAUCUGCUUCCUGGGCACCGUGGGCAACUGCAUGGUCAUCUACACCAUCGUGAAGAAGAACAAGUUCCGCGCCCAGCAGACGGUGCCCGACAUCUUCAUCUUCAACCUGUCCAUCGCGGACCUCCUCUUCCUGCUGGGCAUGCCCUUCCUCAUCCACCAGCUGGUGGGCAACGGGUCCUGGCGCUUCGGGGCCACCAUGUGCACGCUCAUCACCGCGCUCGACUCCAACAGCCAGAUCGUCAGCACCUACAUCCUGACGGUCAUGACGCUGGACCGCUACCUGGCGACGGUGCACCCCAUGCGCUUCACCCACGUGCGCACGCCCCGGGCCGCCGGCGCCGCCGUCGGCCUGGUCUGGCUCCUCUCGCUGGUCACCAUCGUGCCCGUCUGGACCUACACGGGCCUCAUGCCCCUGCGGGACGGCUCGGUGGGCUGCGCCCUGCUGCUGCCCAACGCCGCCACCUACUGGUUCACCCUCUACCAGUUCGUGCUGGCCUUCGCCUUCCCGCUGGCCGUCAUCUGCGGCGUCUUCUUCCGGAUCCUGCAGAACAUGGCGGCCACGGUGGCGCCGCUGCCGCCGCGCAGCCAGAGGGUGCGCACCCGCAAGGUGACGCGCAUGGCGGUGGCCAUCUGCCUGGCCUUCUUCGUCUGCUGGGCGCCCUACUACAUCCUGCAGCUGGCGCACCUGGGCAUCCGCAGACCCGGCUUCGCCUUCCUGCUCGCCUACAACGUGGCCAUCAGCAUGGGCUACGCCAACAGCUGCAUCAACCCCUUCCUGUACAUCGUGCUGAGCGACACCUUCAAGCGGCAGCUGAUCGUGGCCAUGCGGCCGGCCCACAAGGCCUCGCGGGUGGCCCCCAGCAUGGCGGAGGGCAGCGACAGCCUGCGAUUGGCCCCCGAGUGCCCCCCGCGCUCCCAGUCCUCCGGGCAGCUCCUGCACAACCUGCUGCCCGUCACCGUGGCCGUCCAAUGACGCG